AUGUCAGUAACGAGUGGCUCCCUUUUAAAAACACUUGGACUUGCAAGGUUCUGUGUAACCUGUCUUAGACAACAGAGUUACAGUGUUAAGCAAUCACACAUCAAAGUGUCAACUCCACAGUUGACAUGGAGAGUGAGAAACUAUGGGACAGGCCCCAGUGGUGUAGAUGGAGAGGGGAAUGAUCCUGAUGCAAAGGAGCCAGGCGGUCUCGUGUCUUUACAGUUUUCUAAAAGAGCAGCCCAGCUCAAAAGACGCCGACCGCUCUCACCUUUAGAGAGGGUCAGUCGACUACUGCCUGAGGAGAGCUUGAGCCAGGAAGUGUGGGAGCUCAGGGAAACAAAGCCAAAAGAAGAAGAGGAGCAAACUCAGGAGGGGCAGAUAGGCCAGGAGACCCUGAGCGUCCAAACAGAGUUCACGUCAAGCCCACAGGACAAAAUUCAGAGAGGUGAGGACAAAGGGAAGAUGUUCAGUCAUUUGCACAUAGAGGUGGAGGAUAUGUCUGAGCAACCUCCCUACACUCUCCCUGGGGAGCGACCAAUGUGCUUCGGGGAGGUCUUGUUUGCGCAGCACCGUCGCAAACGGCAGCUUCUGUUCCAGAAGAUGUUCCAGUUGAAGGAAGGAGAACGGCUACAGAGUAACUGGGGAGUGAUUGCUCAUGAGGAAAUUGCAGGGUGUCCUGCUGGUACUGUCCUGCGUACCUCUCUCGGUCUUCCCAUUCUCGUGCGGAGACCCAGCCUGGAAGAGUUCACCUUAUUCAUGAAAAGGGGUCCUGCCAUUGCUUAUCCCAAGGAUGCCAGUGCAAUGUUAAUGAUGAUGGAUGUCAGUGAGGGAGACUAUGUUUUGGAAUCAGGCUCAGGAUCUGGAGCCAUGACCCUCUUCCUGUCAAGAGCUGUGGGUUCAAAUGGCAGAGUGUUAAGUGUAGAGGUGAGGGAGGACCAUCACAGACGAGCUGUGUUGAAUUACCAGCGCUGGCGUUCUUCAUGGAGCCUUCGCCGAGGGGGGGAGUGGCCUGACAACGUUCAGUUUCACUGUGCUGACCUGUUGUCCGCUAAACCCCUCUUGUCUGGGAAAGGUUUCAACUCUAUUGCCUUGGAUAUGGUGAACCCCCAUUUGGUUUUACCUACUGUGGUCCCACACCUUCAUCCUGGAGGUGUGUGUGCUGUGUAUCAAGCCAAUGUUACACAGAUAAUUGAUUUACUGGAGGGAUUGCGAUGCUCAACCUUGCCUCUUGCAUGUGAACGCAUCAUUGAGGUGCAGUACAGGGACUGGCUACUUGCCCCAUCACUCCAAAAAGAUGGCACUUUCCACACCAGAAAAGCAAUAAAUAAUUCAGUUGAUGAGGAGGAGAAGGAUGAAUUAAGUGAGGAUGAACAAGAAAUUUCCAGUCACAGAGCAUUUGGAAGUGUUCCCUACAUCGCUCGUCCUCAUCCUGUACAGACCAGUCACACAGCCUUUCUUGUGAAAUUACGCAAGAUUUUGAAAUAGUCAAUCUCCAAAACGACAAACAAGCAACAGAUCAUGGUACUCACACACAGUGGAAU